GUACCUAAACAGAUGGGCUGUGGAGCUUUGUCUCCAGCGUGUCAGUGCUGAGUAGACCGCGGCGGGGGGCGCGCUGUGACCUGGGCCGUAAUUCCUGCUGUUCGCUGAUUCCCGAGCGGAGAACCGCGGCGGAGGCGCGUUUGUGUGUGGAGAGGAGACGGACUGAGGCGCGGGGAGCGCGGCUAGCUGGGUGAGGCGCUGUCGGUGCCGGUGCGGGGCUGGCUGAGCGGUUGAGCGGUUCAGUGUUUUGUGUAAGCAGAGGAAUAAAGAGAGGAGGAGGACUGGAGCUGCUGCUGUAGGAGGAGGAGGACCGGAGCUGCUGCUGUAGGAGAGCCCGUGCUGCUCCUGUGUUUCUCCUGCUGUUUAUUCAGCGCGGACAGAGCAGAGGCGGCUCUCCGCGGCCGGGCUGAGCCUUUGUCUGAGAGGCUGGAGGAGCGACGAUGCCGGGCUACGAUUACAAGUUCCUGGAGAAACCCAAGCGGCGGUUCCAGUGUCCGCUCUGCAGCAAGGCGAUGCGGGAGCCCGUCCAGGUCUCCACCUGCGGACACCGGUUCUGCGACACCUGCCUACAGGAGUUCCUCAGUGAGGGCGUCUUCAAGUGCCCGGAGGACCAGCUCCCCUUAGACUAUGCCAAGAUCUACCCUGAUCCAGAGCUGGAGCAGCAGAUCCUGGCUCUGCCUAUUCGCUGUAUCCACAGUGAGGAGGGCUGCCGCUGGACGGGUCAGAUGAAGCAGCUGCAGGGUCAUUUCUCCACCUGCGCCUUCAACGUGAUCCCCUGCCCCAACCGCUGUGCCGUCAAGCUGACGCGCCGCGACCUGCCGGAGCACCUGCAGCACGACUGCCCCAAACGCAAGGUCAAGUGCGAGUUCUGCGGCAGCGAGUUCACGGGGGAGGCCUUCGAGAACCACCAGGGCAUCUGUCCUCAGGAGAGCGUGUACUGUGAGAAUAAGUGUGGGGCACGGAUGAUGAGGAGGCUCCUCGCCCAGCACACCAUGGCCGAGUGUCCGAAACGCACACAGCCCUGCAAAUACUGCGGCAAGGAGUUCGUCUACGACACCAUCCAGAAUCAUCAGUACCACUGCCCUCGCUUCCCCGUCCAGUGCCCCAAUCAGUGCGGGACCCCCAACAUCGCCCGCGAGGACCUGGCCACCCACGUGAAGGAGAGCUGCGGCAGUGCGCUGGUGCUGUGCCCCUUUAAGGACGCCGGCUGCAAACACAGAUGCCCAAAGCUGGCGAUCGGACGUCACCUGGAAGAGACCACCAAGUCUCACCUGACAAUGAUGUGCAGCCUGGUGGGCCGUCAGCGGCAGGAGAUCAUAGAGCUUCGGCGCGAGAUGGAGGAACUGUCGGUGAGCCACGAUGGCGUGCUCAUCUGGAAGCUGAACGAUUAUUCACGCAAGCUUCAGGAGGCCAAGCUGCACAACAACCACGAGUUCUUCAGUCCACCCUUCUACACGCACCGCUACGGCUACAAGCUGCAGGUUUCCGCCUUCCUCAACGGCAACGGCAGCGGCGAGGGGUCCCACCUCUCCAUCUACAUCCGUGUGCUUCCCGGCGAGUACGACAACCUGCUGGAGUGGCCCUUUGCCUACAAGGUGACUUUCUCCAUCCUGGACCAGAGCGACCCGUCUCUGUCCAAGCCGCAGCACAUCACCGAGACCUUCAACCCCGAUCCCAACUGGAAGAACUUCCAGAAGCCCUCCAGCAGCCGCAACUCGCUGGACGAGAGCACGCUGGGCUUCGGCUACCCCAAGUUCAUCUCGCACGACGAGAUCCGCAAAAGAAACUACAUUCGUGACAACGCUAUCUUCCUCAAGGCUUCCAUAGAGAUUCCUCAGAAGAUCAUGGCUUGAGAUGGGAAGCCAAUGGAAAGCUGGAGAGAAACGCAAAUGAUUUCAUAGGAAGACAUUUUGGAACACCUUCCUCACUCAUUUCUUAAUGAUGCUUUUGAUGUUUUCCGUUACGAAAACUCAAGUGAAAGACUGGAAAGACUGAGGUUGCCCAUGUGGUGGAGGGGCUCCACGAGGAGCUCUACGAGGGGCUCCGUGUCGUCGAAAUGUAGGAACGUUGAGGUGUUCUGGUCCGAGAAACCAUUGCACGUACUUAUUUCAGAUUCACCUUUUUCAACACUUUUCAACACUUUCCUCGAUUUGCAACGAAAGCCUUUCUCACAUUCAAUAGUGCCUAGAAAGUUUUAUUUUAAUUUAAAAGUUGUUUUAAAAUAAAUGUGAUUUAUGGUCAUUCUGUGACAGAUGUUAAGUAAACGGUAAGAGUUUUAAGGAGGGUGUGAAAGGUUAUUUGUAGCCUGAUGUUUGAGCUGUGUUUGGGAACAAGGCAGCAGUGCUCUAGAUACACAUGGGCAGACAGAACCUGUGUGGUCUGUGUUAGGAAUUCAGUGUAAACACUCAAACCCGUUUGCCUUUCGUUUACAUUCGCUCCCCCCUCAGCGACGGUCCCUGAACUGUACCUCAGUGACACAAACUGCGGGACCUCGCUUUCCUGUUUACCUACUUUUAAAUAAACUAAUAGCAGCUGUGAAGUAAACAUGUCUCACUUGGACACAUUCUGUCACCGAGGCCCUCUCUGUCUCUCAGUCUCUCAAACUGUCAAGAUCCCAGUCUCUCAGUCUCUCAAUCUCUCAAUCUUUUAGUGUCUCAAGAUCUCAAUAUCUUAAUCUCCUAAUCUCUCAAACUUUUAGUUUCUCAAUCUUUGUCUCUCAGUCUCUCAAUCUCUCAACUUUUCAGUCUUUCAAUCUCUUAAUUUCUCUAAUUUUCAGUCUCUCAAUUUCUCGGUCUCUCAAUCUCUUAAUUUUGCAAUCUGUCAGUCGCUCAACCUUUUAUUUUCUCAAUCCCUCAGUCUCUUAACCUUUCAUUCUCUCAUUAUCUCAAUAUCUUAGUCUCUCAAUCUCUCAAUUUUUCAGUAUCUCAAUAUCUUAGUCUUUCAAUGUCUCUGUCUCCGUCUCUCAAUUUCUCAAUCUCUCAUUCUUUCAGUAUCUCAAACUCUAUUUCUCAGUCUAUCAAUCUCUUGUUCUCUCAGUAUCUUAGUCUCUCAAUCUGUCAGUCUCUCAGUCUCAGCUUUUAGUUCUAAAUGUUGUUCCAGAACAUAAAGCUCGUUUGGGGAAGUUUUCACGACACCUUAUUAAAGGCGCUCUCAGGAGAGUUGCAUUCCUGGGUGUGUGAUGGGGCCAGUGUGCUAAUGUGUGUCUCAGGCUCUACAACCAGUCCUCUGCAAGUGAACUGAUGCACUCAUUUGUGUGUGUGUGUGUGUGUGUGUGUGAAGAGAAAGCCAUCGAUGUGAGAACUUUAAGUUUACAUGCAGUGUUGGUUGAGAACUGGGAGGACUCUGGGUGGUGUGGUUGUUAGGGGAUUGUUAGAGAUGUCCCACUCAAGGCCUGUUUUUAUUUAUUUGAAUGGAAGGAUAUUGGCUAUUUUAAGCCAGAUAAAACCCUGAUUCUUAGUUAACACAGUUUAAUCCCAUUGUACUGUAUGUAAACAUUACAUGUUACAUGUAACAAAAAGGGCAUUCUUUAGAACAUAGGAAAAAGAGGCAUUAUAACAAGACAAGCAGUUUUCACUGUUUAAAGCCAAGAAAAGGGAGUAGCAUUCUUCCUAACGUAUGCUGGUUGGUUACAGGGUAGAAAUGCAAUGAUUCUCUGACCAAUUAUUGUCUGUAUUGAUUAGAUUACUAGCAAAAACUGAUAUUUGCAGGUAUUAGAUUAUUAAGGGCAUGUAAACACACUUAACAAGAUUAGCAAACUGGUGUAGCGAGGUGUAUGACAUUACACUACACCAACAAUACAUCCUAACCUAAUUAUGUAACAUUAUUCCAAAUGUUAGACACUCUAGAUAAAAGUGGCAGUCAGAAAUGCUAUGAAAUAUUGCUAUAAAAAUGCUAUAAAAGUUCAGUUCAGAGUGUGUCACACUAUGCAAAUACUGAAAAUACCUGAUUUUACUGUAGCAUAUAACAGUAGCUGAGCUGUUUUGGGAUGCAUUGAUAUGUGUAGUACGAAAGUGCUAAUAUAUACACAUUUAUAUAUUUAUAUGGUGCUAAAUGUCCCUGGAUUAGUAUUAUCUACAAACAGAACCAUUGAUUAACCUUUUUUUUUUUAAUUAAUAAAAUGAAUCCAGGCUUUUUUUUAAGCCUAAGCGCCUAAGCACUUCCAGAGUUAAAUAAAUACUAGUUUGAAAUAUCAAAUCAAGAAUUUGUUCUUAUAAAAAGUCAGCAAAAAUUCUGCGUCACAUUUGUUAUGUGUAUUAUAGCAGCUAUGCUCUUAUAACUGGACACAUCCAGGUAGCUGCACUGUUAAAAUAGCAAUCUGCCAAAGUCAGAGCACACCUUUGUUUUAAAGGGAAUGGCAAGUGACAUUCUGAUUGGUUUAUUUCACGUUACGCCCAGAACACAUCCAUGAUAAUUGAGAGAAUUAGUGCAUGCCUUUUGCACGUUUCGAGUCGAGCAAGGUGUACUUUUCCCAUCGUUAUGAUAGCCACACUCAAGAUUAAUAAAAUAGGGCCAUAGGCCUCUUAGGUUGGGAUGGGAUGAAAGCCUUGAUUGGGACAUCUCUCUACUGAUGGUUGAGAUCAGAUCAGUUUGUGUAUUUGAGAGUUUAUGCCACAAAUUUGUACUGUAACCUGUUCUCUUGAAACCUUGAAACUUUUCAUUGGGGGCAUUUUUAUUGCAUCGGGCGGAACCACCACACGGAACCAAAAUCUUCUUUUAUAAGGAAAAAGAAAGGAACUAAAUGAGCUAAAGCGCGUAGGACAAGUGAGACCUUCAGACUUCAGACUUUCUGGUGCAUGUUCUCCUUAUUGGACUCUAAACUGAAGAGAGAGAGAGAGAAAGAGAGAGAGAGCGAGGAGGUGUGUUGGUUCUUCAGGUGGAAUCUGAGGAGCGUUCCUCUGCGUACCUGAGGAAAGACGAGCUUCGUGCAAUAUGGCUGCCAUUUCUCCCCACAGACAAAGCAUUAGAGCAUCGGAGGAGGACUGUGGAUAACUGAAUUACUAAACAUGUGAUUUACUAAUAGACAUGCGGAAGCACAUUCUCAUCUUACGUCUUACUCUUCUUCAUCAUCAUCAUCAAAAAGAAGUCCUGAUUUAAUCGCGCUAUAAUACCAGCUAAUAUUUUCACAAUAACUUUGAGAAAAUGUGGAUUUUUUUCAAGAUUCUGUAUUUUACAAGCGUACUUUCCAGAUGUUUUAUACAACACUUUUUUUUGAGGAGAGGUAGGGAGCUGUAUUUGGACGUUUCCUCCGUUUCGGUCUCUGGAACUUUUUCCAUCGUUCAUCGUUCCGGUUUGGAUUUUUUGCAUACUCUGUCUGUACUAUACGCUCUUGAUAAGUAUUUAUUUUAAGCCAUCACAUAGACUCCGAACACAGGAUGGCGCAAAUGUUUUUAUAUGUUUUUGUUUGAUUUGUUUGACGACUGCUUGUCAUUUUUCUCCUCCUUGAAAUAAAAUAAUGUCCAGA